AUGUCCCCUAAGGGCAAAGCCGCAGGGAAGGGCAGAGGCCGCAGGGAGAAACUGGAGGACAUGAAGAAGGAGAUGGACAUGGAUGACCACAAGCUGGACCUCAAGGACCUGGAGAUCAAAUACAGCACAAGUGUCACCAAGGGCCUGUCCCCCCCCGCAGCCUCCGAGCGCCUGCUCCGGGACGGCCCCAACGAGCUCCGUCCCCCCAAGGGGACCCCCGAGUGGCUCAAGUUCGGGCGGCAGCUGGCGGGAGGCCUCCAGUGCCUCAUGUGGGUCGCGGCCCUCAUCUGCCUCAUUGCCUAUGGGGUGCAGGAGGGCGAGGGCCAGCGCGGCAGCGCCGACAACCUGUACUUGGCCGUUGCCCUCAUCGCUGUUGUCAUGGUAACCGGAUGCUUCGGGUACUACCAGGAGUUCAAGAGCACCAACAUCAUUGCCAGCUUCAAGAACCUGGUGCCGCAGCAAGCCACAGUGAUCCGGGAUGGAGAGAAGCUCCAGGUUAAUGCCAAUGAGCUGGUGGUUGGAGACCUGGUGGAGAUCAAGGGGGGAGACAGAGUCCCUGCUGACAUCAGGGUGAUCAUGGCACAGGGAUGUAAGGUGGAUAACUCAUCCCUGACGGGGGAGUCGGAGCCUCAGACCAGGUCCCCUGAGUGCAGCCAUGAGUCCCCCCUGGAGACCAGGAACAUUGCCUUCUUCUCCACCAUGUGCCUGGAGGGCACAGCCCUGGGCACCGUGAUCAACACCGGUGACCGCACCAUCAUCGGCCGCAUCGCCAGCCUGGCCUCUGGGGUGGACAACGAGCAGACCCCAAUAGCCAUCGAGAUCGAGCACUUCGUGGACAUCAUUGCUGGCCUGGCCAUCCUCUUUGGGGCCACCUUCUUUGUGGUGGCCAUGCUCAUUGGGUACCCCUUCCUUAGGGCUAUGGUCUUCUUCAUGGCCAUCGUGGUGGCCUAUGUGCCCGAGGGGCUGCUGGCCACUGUCACGGUGUGCCUGUCGCUGACGGCCAAGCGCCUGGCCCGCAAGAACUGUGUGGUGAAGAACCUGGAGGCCGUGGAGACCUUGGGCUCCACCUCCACCAUCUGCUCCGACAAGACUGGGACCCUGACCCAGAACAGGAUGACUGUGGCUCACCUCUGGUUCGAUAACCACAUCCACAGCGCGGACACCACCGAGGACCAGUCUGGGCAGAGCUUCGACCAGUCCUCAGAGACCUGGACCAUGCUGAGCCGCGUCAUUGCCCUCUGCAAUAGGGCCCAGUUCAAGCCAGGCCAGGACAACGUCCCUAUAGCCAAGCGUGACGUCAUCGGUGACGCGUCGGAGACAGCCCUGCUCAAGUUCGCGGAGGCCUCAAUGGGACCAGUGGGGACAUUGAGGGACCAGUACCCGAAGGUGCUGGAGCUGCCAUUCAACUCCAGUAACAAGUUCCAGGUGUCAGUGCACGCCGCAGGUGAGCGCCAGCUCCUGGUUCUCAAGGGGGCUCCGGAGCGGGUCCUGGAGCGCUGCAGCCACGUCCUGCUCAAGGGGCAGGACCUGCCCCUGGACCCACAGUGGACUGAGGCCUUCGAGGGAGCCUAUGCGGAGCUGGGGGGGCGGGGAGAGCGGGUGCUGGGGUUCUGCUCCCGCUGGCUCCCAGCUGGCUCCGUGGCUCCGGAUCAGGAUCCAGAGGAGCUCCCAGCUCUGGCCUCAGGUCUCUGCUUCAGUGGCCUCGUGUCCAUGAUCGACCCUCCCAGAGCCACAGUCCCACAGGCUGUGCUCAAGUGCAGGACGGCCGGGAUACGGGUGAUCAUGGUGACCGGGGAUCACCCCAUUACAGCCAAGGCCAUAGCAUCAGCUGUGGGCAUCAUAUCCGAGGGCAGUGAGACCCCCGAGGAGGUGGCAGCAAGGAUGAGGGUACCCCUGGAGCGUGUGGACCCCAGACAGGCCCGGGCACGGGUGGUGACGGGGGCAGAGCUGGCGGCCAUGACACCCCAAGACCUAGAGGGUCUGCUCCGGACUCACCCCGAGAUGGUCUUUGCUCGCACGUCCCCACAGCAGAAACUGGUCAUAGUGGAGAGCUGCCAGAGACUGGGCUCCAUUGUAGCAGUGACCGGUGAUGGGGUCAAUGACUCCCCGGCCCUAAAGAAGGCUGACAUUGGGGUCGCCAUGGGCAUCGCUGGCUCCGACGCAGCCAAGAACGCGGCUGACAUGAUCCUAUUGGAUGACAACUUCGCCUCCAUCGUCACUGGGGUCGAGCAGGGCCGCCUGAUCUUCGACAACCUCAAGAAGUCCAUUGCCUACACCCUGACCAAGAACAUCCCGGAGCUGACCCCAUAUCUGAUCUACAUCACAGCCAGCAUCCCCCUGCCCCUGGGCUGCAUCACCAUCCUCUUCAUCGAGCUCUGCACUGACAUAUUCCCCUCCGUGUCCUUGGCCUAUGAGAGGGCUGAGAGUGACAUCAUGCACCUGAAGCCACGUGACCCACGGCGAGACCGGUUGGUCAAUGAGCCCUUGGCUGCAUACUCCUACUUCCAGAUAGGCGCCAUCCAAUCAUUCGCCGGCUUCUGUGACUACUUCGUGGCCAUGGCCCAGGAGGGUUGGUGGCCAGAGCAGUGCCUGGGGCUGAGGGCGCAAUGGGAGGACCCCCACGAGCAGGAGCUGCAGGACAGCUACGGGCAGCAAUGGACCUUCUGGCAGCGCCGCUGGCAGCAGUACACCUGCUACACCGUGUUCUUCAUCAGCAUCGAGAUGUGCCAAGUGGCCGAUUGCCUCAUCCGCAAGAGCCGACGACUGUCACUGCUGCAGCAGGGGCCCUGCCGGAACCGCAUCCUGGUACUCGCCAUCGUGUUCCAGGUUUGCAUCGGCUGCUUCCUGUGCUACUGCCCUGGGAUGGCUCAUAUCUUCAACUUCAUGCCUAUCCGCUUCCAGUGGUGGUUCGUCCCGAUGCCCUUCGGCCUCCUCAUCCUCAUCUACGACGAGAUCCGGAAGCUGGGAGUGCGCCGGCACCCGGGCAGCUGGUGGGACCGGGAACUCUACUAUUGA